AUGGCGAAGGAGGACGGUGUGCCAUCUUUGGAACCCGCAGGGCUUGUUUGUAUGGCUCAGGUUUCCCUUCAUAGCUGUGACUCCAAGGGCCAGCCCUUAACCGCCCGUAAACAGCGUCCAGGGGCUGAAGUACAGACCUUUUCAGAGGCGAUUAGAUUCAAUGUGGACUAUGGAGUUUUUGAAGUGAUCAACGAUGCACCACAGCUUCUGGAAAAGCAACUGAAAAGAAUUCUGCGAAAUCAGCAACCUCGAAAUCCCAUCUAUGAUGUUAUAAGAAAAGGAAAAAGUGAUGCUAAACCAUUUCAAAAGAGUGUCCCCUGUGAAGAUGAGACCAUUAAUGUCAACUACACCAUCAUGUGCCUCAACCGUGAACAAGGUAUUAAGUGGAUCAAAAGGAAGAGACUUCCAGCAUUUCUGGAAAGUGAUUGCUACUUUGAAUACAGGUUAGCCAAACUGAUCUCACAAGCAACAUGGAGCAAUACAGGCAUAAACUUCAUAGUAGGUACAAGCUUCUCCCCCUGGGUCCUGAGAAAACCGCCCACUCCACCUCCACCUACCGACGAAGAGGACAAUCUCAUGAUUAUGAAAAAGUUCUACAUUUCUCUUGGCCAGGCCUCCUAUACUCAAACAAAAGAUUGGUUUACGCUAGCAAAGCAAUGUCAGCAAACAGUAACGACAUUUUCGCUACCCUGCUGUGUAUCCCACCCCAAAACUGCAUCACCAACUCUUUCUUCUGUGUCUGAAAAUUUAAUCUUCGAUGAUGGAGUUCACCCCAGGACAAAAAAGAGCCCAACUAAAACCUCUGAAAUGAUUCCUGAGGUGGAAGAAGAAGAAGAAGGGUCUGUAUCAGUAAAAGAUACGCCUUCCCAAGCUCUUCUGAGGAUAUACCUGGAAAGGAAAGACAAAGAGGACAAUCAAAAGACGGUGCAUUUCUCGUCGUUUGAAGAAUUCCUCAACGCCUAUAUCGUCUUCAUCCUGAAAGAAGCCAUCCAGCACAUCACAGGCCAUUCCUUCAGCAGCAGCCUCAGCUACAUCGACUUCUCCAGCGUCACCCAGGUGACAUUUGAUAAAGUGGAGCCCGUGCCCAGCAAGAAGACUGUAAGUCCACCCCAACUCGAAACAACAAAGGAAAUCUCAGAAGAGAAACUGGAAAAAGUAAGCUUAAGUUCAAAGAGUGAGAGCAUCGGGCCAGAUGGCAGGGCCGACUGGUGUAUUUCUCACAGAACCUAUGACAUUGGCAACAGAAGGGAAUUUGAAAGAUUUAAGAAAUUUCUGAAGGGAACAUUAGGAGAAAGAUACUGGUGGCUAUGGAUGGACAUUGAGAGGUUAAAAGUUCUCAAGGACCCUGGAAGACAUCAAAGACAUCUUGAGAAAAUGAAGAAGAGCUACCUUGUGAGCAGUGGGGAACGCUUCCUUUCUACAGAAAUCCUCUCCAAGUUUAAACUGCUCAAUGGAUCCCGGUGGACAGAAGAACAUUUGAAAAACAUUCAGAUUGAAGUCAUAAAACCCCUGCUUCUGUAUUGGGCACCAAGAUUUUGUGUAACUCAUUCAUUAUCAACAAAGAAUGCUAGCGCGGAACUGAAAUUCUGGCGCCUUCGCCAAGAGAAACCCAGGAAGGAUGUUGAUCCUUUCCCACAGAUGGCAACCCUCCUGCCGUUAAGACCAAAGUCUUGCAUUCCCCAGGUCCCCGAGGUCCAGGGAGAAGAAAUCAGUUUAUUGCAACGAUCUAAAUCGCCUAAGAAAUUAUCAAGAGUAAGCACAGGGUCUCAGAAGCCUGGGAGGAGCGAGUCCUUGCACCCCGUUCCUUCCAAGGACGACAGGCUUGAGAAAGAGUCCAAGUGGCUACCAGAGGGCGGCACGGUAAUUCGUUUGACGUCUUUUACUGACAUCUCUGAAUGUCUGAAGCCCCAGCUCGACAGAAAGUAUACUUAUACAGAAGAGCUCAGUGUUAAAACUACAUCCGACGUUGGAGCCUUGGGAGGGUCGGACAUGGAAAGCUUGUUACAGUCUUUGUAUGUUGAAAACAGAGCUGGAUUCUUCUUCACUAAAUUCUGCGAAGAUUCAGGGAACAAGCUGUGGAAGCACAGUGUGUACUUCUGGUUUGACCUGCAGGCUUAUCAUCAGCUGUUCUACCAAGACACACUUCAGCCUUUCAAAGUGUGCAAGCAAGCCCAAUAUCUUUUUGCCACUUACAUUGCUCCGUCAGCCACUCUCGACAUUGGGCUGCAGCAGGAAGAGAAGAAAGACAUUUACAUGAGAAUCCAGCCGCCGUUUGAGGACCUCUUUGACACAGCGGAGGAGUACAUCCUCCUCAUCCUUCUGGAGCCCUGGACACAGAUGGUGAUGUCAGACCAAGUGGCUUACAGAAAGGUGACGCUACAAGAAGAGACUCGGCAGCUAGAUUCCACCUACUUCAGGAAGCUGCAGGCUCUGCAUAAGGAGACAGUUUCCAAGGAGGCUGAGGACGCUGCUGGACCUGCUGCUGGCAAGCUGUCGUUGUCCGAUGUCUCCAAACAGACAGAGUACUGGAGCAACGUCCCUGAGGAAUACCGGCAUUUCACCUUCAGUGAUCUGCUUAGCAACAAACUGGAAUUCGAACAUUUCCGCCAGUUUCUAGAAUCUCAUUCUUCAAGCAUCGACCUUGCGUGUUGGACAGACAUCGAACAGUUCCGAAGAAUGCUUUUUAAGGACCAGAAGCAAAGGGAGGCAAAGUCUAUAGACAUUAAAAACAAAUAUCUUAAUAAAAAGUAUUUCUUCGGCCCCAGCAGCCCGGCUUCUUUGCAUCAGCAGGACCAGAUAAUGCUUAUGAGUGGCGGCUGGGGGAGAAUCCUUCACGAGCAGCUCGACCCAUCUGUGCUGGUGGAAAUCCAGAAACACGUCUUGAAUAGGCUGGAAAAUGUGUGGCUGCCGUUGUUCCUCUCAAGCGAACAGUUUGCGUCCCGUCAGAAGAUAAAGAUACGGAUGAAAGACAUAGCGGAUGAGCUUUUACUGCAGAGGCAUGCCAGGAAAAUUGGAGUUUGGAAGCCUGUGGCAAGUAAGUGGAUAUCUUCAUCCUGUGAGAUUAUUGCUUUCCGUAAAGCAUUAUUGAAUCCAGUCAUUGCAAGGCAAUUUCAACGAUUUGUGGCCCUGAAAGGAGAUUUAUUGGAAAACGGAGUACUUUUUUGGCAAGAAGUACAAAAGUUUAAGGAUUUGUGCCACUCACAUUGUACUGAGUCCAUCAUCCAGAAGAAGAUCACGACCAUCAUCAACUGCUUCAUCAACUCCUGCAUCCCCCCAGCUCUGCAGAUUGAUAUUCCAGUUGAGCAGGCCCAGAAGAUAAUUGAACACAGGAAGGAGCUGGGACCCUACGUGUUCCGAGAGGCACAGAUGACAAUUUUUGGGGUUCUGUUUAAGUUUUGGCCACAGUUUUGUGAGUUUAGGAAGAAUUUGACAGAUGAAAAAAUUAUGAGUGUUUUAGAGAGAAGACAAGAACAUAAACAGAAAAAGAAAAUGUCAGAGUCAGAUGAAGACAAGAUCGGAAAGGCUGGAGUCAAGCAGUAUACAAGCACUACAGGCUCUCUAACCAAAGCACCCUUAGCCAGCGAGUCCCUGCUGGGCCUGCAAGCCUAUGGUCGGCAGCCAACCUGGUGCUACUCAAAGUACAUAGAAGCCUUGGAACAAGAGCGGAUUCUUCUGAAAAUUCAAGAAGAAAUGGAAAAGAAAAUGUUCACAGGUACGUCAUCUUUCUCAAAUUUGGUUAAGCUUCCCACUGGUUCCACUAUGUCUCUGAAGAAGAACUUGUCUCUCCUCAGCUCCUGUUCUCUUUCUGCUUUCCUAACCAUCCAGAACCAGAGACACUGCCUCUCCCCCGAGAAUGCUCAGUCUCUCUGUCUCUAG